AUGGCUGGCUUCUGCGCGCACGGCAACACGUGCCGUUUUGCGCACCCCAGUACCUCUAGCGCGCUGUCUGCGGGCCCCUCACGUCCUCCGGCUCGUGCCACCCUAUCAAGUCUAUCAAAUAGCAGACCCUCGAUCCCGCCUCGUACGGGUUCCUCCGCAUCCGCAACCACCGCUGAGGGGGCCCACCUGGAUUCAGCGGGAUACAACAAAGAAGGCGGCUAUUGUCCGUACGGUCUGUCGUGUAAAUACUAUCAUCCCCCACCCCCGCCUCCAACGUCGACGCCGAAGACGCCACUAAAGGACGUACCCUCCACUCCUAUUCAUUCGAUCUCUAGUACACAUUCUUCCCCCUUAGUAUGGCCACCCCCUACCUACAAGCUCCUCGGCCAACCUCGCCCUGCCGUCCGUCCCAGUCCCCAUACUCCAGAAAGUCCUUCGACAAGGAGGAAGAAUGCAAGAGCAUAUCUGAGGGAAUUCCCGGCACGCAGGCUUACCUUCGACUCCCCCUCGUUAGACGCGUCUGUGACAAACAUCAUGACGUCUUCCUCUGUGUCGCUGGAUCACAGUAGGAAUUCGAGUUUGGAGGUUAACGUGUCUUCCGAGGCGGUCACGUCUCCGCCGCGGGACAUACGCCGCGUAGUUGGAAGUGGCAGACCGAUUUUUGCCGACUUCGCUCCUCAAGACACAUCAUCUCCGCCUCCAAGAAAUGUUGCUGCUCUUCGGAUUUUGCCGUCUAGACCGGGAUCUCCUCACGACACUCCGGAGAGAGACUCGUUCUCACUCUCGGACCUCAGUAUAGCGGUCGAAGGCCUGCCAACAUCCGUGGAGGCAUUGGGCGAUCCAAUUUGUGAAUCGAUAGGGGAUCCCUCCUUCGAAGAAGACGAUAUCUUCGUAGUAUCUCCCUCCCGCGGUCCUAGCCUGCGUCCCAUACGCAGUACAACUCCGCAGCCGUCAAGCCCCGAUUCCAAGUCGGACGAUUUGCCACCAUUUGUCGGUGCCACACUUCCCGACUUUCAACGGGCAGUAUCUCCCAAUCCCUGCGAUCGUGACCCCUCACCAGUUGUCCGUGGUUCCCUGUUGCCCUCCUUCCCUAUCACUUCUCCUGGACGUCCUCCUUUCCCUGACCCUGUGUACCACCUCGAUCCUGCGCCUAGCUUGGCUUCUAGGAGGGGUUCAACGGGUACAGCUCCUCAGGCGGCUGAACAUCGUCCUACCCUGCUGAUUCGUGCACCGUUAACGCAUGGGGAUCCCAAUCCACCUUGCUCCAUAAACCAGGUUAACAGUGAGGCAUACGACGUUUCUGAGCCCGGCGAGCCAAAGCGUGUACUCGCUCUUCCCGAGAGACCACAGUACGUACAUGCGUCCGGAUACGUACCCCGCACCUCAGUACAGAUACAUGCCGAACCCAUGCGACGAGGGAAUAACGCCGCGCCGACUAAUAAGCGAGAAAACCCGCCCCUCUUCCUGGGUCAGGGGAGUGUGCCUCCGGUCUUCUCCUCUCAACCAGUGUGUGGAGGUCCUCAAACCGUGCGUUCGAAUGUCAAGGUGAAAUCAGGCAGACCUAAGCGAGACUCGGCUGUCCCGCCAGGAGGGCUAGGUCCUGGUGGCAUAUCCUCCACGCGAGCCUACGAGAAACCCCUUGCUCUGCCACCAUAUACGCAGGGUGUCGUACAGCGAGCAGAGGUAUCUCGCCGCUUGUCUUCCUUGGGUGCGAGGGGACUUAUUGAGGGGAGUGCGCCUGAAGUUCCUUCUAACGCAACCAGUGGGCUUCGACCUAACUGGGCCGUGCAAGGUCUUGGAGACACCCGCGGUGACGUGUUUUCUUCUCUGGAGAACGGCAGCGUGCAGGGUCCUCGCGGUGUGCCACCGACUGUGGUCCAGAGCGUCCCGCCGACGCACGGCACGCGAGAGUCUGACCGCCCGUCUACGGUACCGGUUGAUCUUGACGCGGAAAUUACACGAAAGAUCCGUUCCAUAGAACGAUUAGGCUCUUCAAUAGACCCACCUCCACCACAGAGGUGCUCGUCACAUCCUGCGCAACGCAAUGCUCUUAAUGUCCAUAUUGCGCAGGCAAGGGAGUCACGGAAGGUACCAGCCCUGCCAGUGCAGGUAGCAAAUCCUGUGCCUUCCCAGCCGUUGUCCCCUGUCCCCCUCCGUUGGUAUCAGCGGUCUACGACACAUUUCCGCUCUGCGACUGUCCCGAAUAACGCACUCGGCCCUAUACCGGAGUCGCGCCCAGUCACGCCGGAGUGGAGCUAUGCGAGAUUACCUAGAGAUCAAUAUGGUACCAGACAAAGGCAUGGUAGCAGUGAAGACGGGCGAGGCCACCGCCAGCCCAUGUCCCACGAAAAUCCUAGGAUUGGAUAUGGACACAAGAAAAGAAAAAAGAACCGCAAACGCAGGCCGGCCGGUGUGCGUCCACAGACGCCUCCUCCGCCUAGGAUAGGGCCUAAACCCGGGAGGCGGGAGCGAGCACAGCGGCAGCGGUUUCAGCACGAGAUGGAAGAGCUGGACUUGAUUAUGCGUCCGCACAGUCGAACGCCGCCGCCUACGCAGCCUAGAGCGCAGACGAGUCCGCCGAAACCGCGACAUGUUGCCGCGGUUGAGGAGGAGGAGGAGGAGGAGGAGUUGCUUUCGCUUGUGGCAGAGUCCCCUUGA